AUGGCUCGUCGAUGGAAACUAAAGCUUCCAGAGUUGCGUUUCCUCAACUGGCGGCGCUGGGAAGCCUACACGGACAGUUGGGAGACGUCCUCUUCCACGGACGUGGAAAAGCUCGUCGAACCAGCACACCGUGAAACGCUGUCGCUUCCAGACACCAGCGAGGUGCGUCGUCUACUUGCGAGUCUUGCACCGUUCGAACUAGAGCGUCUGCAGUCAGUUCAAGCUGUAUUCUGGCUGCUGAAGCCGUUCCUGUGGCCGCGGGAGUGGCGCAUCCGGUUCUACGUGGCGCUCACCUUCGUGCUCACUGUUGCGGGCAAGGUGCUGACGGUGCUCGCACCGGUAGCGCUGAAACGCGUCAUUGACGCGCUCGCGUCAGCACCCGUUGGCUCGUCCACCGCUGCUGUUCGCAAGGCAGUCACCUACACCGUACUAUAUGCAGCGUCACGCUUUGGUAUGCAGCUGCUGAACGACGGCCAACGCUAUGCAUGGCUAACUGUCUCGCAGACGGCAACUCGUGCCAUAGCCUUGACGACUUUUGCGCAUCUGCACUCGCUCUCCAUCGAUUUUCACUGGCAGAGACGCACUGGAGAAGUCAUUCGCGUUAUGGACCGGGGCGUCGCAUCCCUCGGUGAAGUACUCUCGGUUUUCGUAUUCACCGUAUUCCCAACCGCGAUUGAGCUCUUGCUAGUGCUCUGGGUUUUUUUCGCCAUGGGAAGCUUCUGGAUUGCCAUCACGGUACUCGUGUCGGUCCUGGUAUACGGUGUGUACAGCAAGCAGCUUACCGAAUGGCGAACGUCGUACCGCAAACUGUACAAUGAGCGCGAUAACGCCGCGGAGGCGCGUAUGGUUGAUAGCCUCCUCAACUCGGAAACGGUGAAAUUGUUUACAGCAGAGGCGCGAGAAGUCAACCGCUACACGGAAGCCUAUGUAGCGCUGCAGGAGAGCGAACGCACCCUGAUAGCUACGCUGGGGCUGUUAAACUCUGGACAGUCGGUGAUCAUUAGUUUGGGUGUUGGUAUCUCGAUGGUUAUGGCAACGAGGCGCGUGGCACGCGGCGAAGCGAGCGCCGGCGACCUCGUCAUGGUGAACGCCUACAUCCUGCAGCUGUAUCAGCCGUUGCGGUGGCUCGGUUCUGCAUACCGGCAGAUUAUGAGGGCACUUACCGAUCUGGACAAGCUCUCAAGACUUCUUGCCCUGGAACCAACCGUCCGAGACUUGCCUGGUGCGCCAGCGCUGCGCCGUCGACACGGACAAGUGGAGUUCCACCAGGUGACCUUUCACUACGAUGUCCUGUGGAGCGGCACGGAACCGGGUGCAGCGACGCGGGCCCAGAUGCCCAGUACCGCCACUGACACUGCCACUGCUACUAGUAGUAGUAGUGGUGGUGGUGGUGGUGCUGGUGGUGCUGGUGGUGUUCACAACCUGAGUUUUACCAUUCCGCCCCAACGGGUCGUUGCGGUUGUCGGUCCGUCUGGAGCCGGAAAGAGCACCAUCGUGCGUCUGCUGCUUCGUCUGAUUGACCCGCAACAAGGUGCCGUCUACAUCGACGGUCAGAAUAUUGCACAUGUAUCCCAGCAGAGUGUUCGGCAUGCGAUUGGCGUCGUCGCUCAGGAUCCUGUCCUCUUCAAUGAGACCAUUGCAUACAACAUUGCAUAUGGUGUCGAUGCCGCUGCCACACCGGCUUGUAUAGAGGCAGCGGCACGAGCCGCCCAUAUCCAUGACUUUAUCACCAAGCUCCCUGACGGUUAUCAGACGGUCGUUGGCGAACGCGGCGUGCGACUUAGCGGCGGCGAGAAACAACGCGUCGCCAUCGCUCGAGCGAUUCUGAAGAAUCCCUCCAUUCUGGUGCUGGAUGAGGCCACCUCGGCGCUCGAUACCGCAACGGAACGGGCGAUUCAAGCCAACCUAAUGGAGAUGCGGACGGGACGCACGACACUCGUGGUGGCACAUCGCCUCUCCACUGUCAUCGACGCAGAUGAAAUCCUCGUUCUGAACGGGAACGGUGAGAUUGUCGAGCGUGGUGCGCACGCCGAACUGGUGUCGCGACCUCAGGGCGCUUACCGCGCCAUGUGGGAAGCCCAGGCACGCGCCCAAGUCACCACAUCGGAUAGCGUGCCAAGUACGACGGCAUGA